AUGGUAUCUAGGACGGAAUCCCAACCUGACAGUCGACCAGUUCACCCUGAGGCUAAUAUGGGCCUAGAUUUAGCUUCCUGCACUACCUUAGGGCCUGCCUUGGCAUCUGACUCCUCUCUGACAGAGGAACUGCCACCACCGACUAGCUUACCAGGUGGAGAGGUGGUUGCAGCAGUGCUGCAUGUACACAUGGUUCUACAGAAUCCUCAGCCCACCCUGUUUCUGCUGCAAUCAGACAUGAUUUUCCAGGCACCACCAGACGUUCAGCAGCCUGUUCAGCAGCCUGUUCAACAGACCAUAUUUCUGUCGCAAUCAGAGGUGCUCUUCAGGAAUAAGUAA